AUGUCAAGUAAGUCCUCACCGUCCAAACAACUGAGUGAGAGCUUGGGCCGAUUCCAUAUAAGCUCGCCUUCUAAACUCAAACCGUAUAUGGAAAAUGAUAAAUUCCAGGACAAAGCUUUUGAUUCACAGGGCCGUUAUCCGCGGAAUGGCAGGAGCUAUGUUGAUAAGCUAGAUAGUUGGUCAGUCAACUACGGGACUGUUCAGCAACACGGGAUAGACUCUGAAAAUGCGGAACUUCCGCAAUGGAAACAAUACAUGCAGGGUCAGGUGGUGGCGGAGAAGGGCUCACAAGAACUGCACGCGCCAGCAGACCUGGUUGUAACGUCUUCACUAAGUGACAUUUCUUUAAUACCCACUAACACGUUCAAGAAACGGGGAACGAGACUUCCGGUAGAUGAGACACACCAGUUGGACCCUGAAAACAACACGACACAAGAGAAAGAUACAGAGUUAGAUAUCGACCCUGCUCGUGAGGCAUUAGGUGUAUUCAAUAACGUCUUGCGCCACCAGCGGUCCAACUUCUUCAACGACGAUGAGCAUAAGUUAAACUCGCCUGUGCGGUCUGUUUCCGAUGGUUACGAAACAGGAUCAAAUUCAUCCUUUGAUUCAUUUGAUCCAUCUCUUUCACCUAGCAUACGUCAAUCAAACAAAAAGCAGCCCCAUCAGCCUCGGAACGAAGCGAGGAAGGAGUCCCCUAGGCGGCCCCUAAAGUUAAUUACACCAGAAGAUGCGGGUAUGGUUUUUAACUAUAAAGAAGGUGUGUGGGAUCAGCCGUCGGCUACUGUUGACGUUUCUACUAGUGGAGCGCAAGAUGAAAGCUCGCAGAGCAAAAUUGUGUCCUUUAAAUUGCCGCGGACUCGUCCAGAAACUUCCAUGGUCGAUGACACCCCUCUUUCGACCCCAAAAGUUGAUUUAAAGUUCUUGUCUAGAAAUCGAUCAGGAGAAAACACUCAAGUUCCUGCAGGGGUAGACAAGGCCGUUAGGAGAGCAAGCCGUGUCACAAGUCUUCCUGCAGACACUACGCACAACCUGGUGGAUAAUGUCACGAGCGUAUCAGAUCUGGAUACAUCAUUCCGAAUCUCCCGAGGGGCUGUUGUCUCAGCAUUGGUGGACGCAAUUCCACGCAAAGAGAAUUGGGUAAAAGUCAGAGAUCUUUCAUUGGAGAGAAGAGAUCUUGAAAGUCUGGUAGGGCUUGACGAAAUGGCACCUAGCGUACUAGAACUUAAUGUUUCGCACAACAAGCUAAACUCAUUACAAGGUGUUCCUAAACACACUAUUAGUCUAUGCUGCUCUCAUAAUAGAAUCGGGACUUACUGCCGUUUAGAUGCAUUGGAGCACCUAGAGGAUGUUGAUAUGUCACACAACGCGCUUUCUACUAAUCUUUCCUUAUUCGCAGCGUGCCUGCAUCUUCGCAACAUCAACAUCUCUCAAAACGGUGUAACCUCAUUGCAGGGCCUAUCCGAGUCACGUCUACGCAUAGAUACAUUGAACAUAGCCCGCAACCGAUUGAUUGGGCCGCUGGACUUUGCAGAUCUUUUAUCUUCGGACCAAGAACCCAAUUUUCUGACACACCUUCGGGAGCUCGACCUUAGCGGAAACAAAAUCACAACAGUCAAGAAUCUACAUUUACUAACCGGCCUAAGAGUACUAAAACUUGACGGAAAUCCGCUAGAAACCCUUGUGGGAAACACGAACAAAAGUUUGCGUAGUUUGACAGCACUUGGCUGUGCGGCGCUAAGAGAGUUGGGAGAUUUCCCACAACUUCGCAUUCUGAAGCUCAGCGGCGAGAGCCUCCAAAUCCAAAGGCUGCCUGAAUCGCUUGAGCACCUCGAGCUGACAGGUAUAACAGGCGCCAGCUCUUCUGUUAUGGUACCGUGGAACAUUCUACCCCACAUGCUCCGCAAACUGCGACUUUCGCGCCUUGGCUUUGAGGAGCUGCCUCCGGAGUUUGCUACGCACUGCCCGGCACUGGAUGCUUUAAUAAUCACAGACAACGAGCUACAGAGUGCCGCAAACUUGUUUGAACGCCUGCCGGUGAACCUGCGGACGCUGGACGUCCGAAGAAAUCCGCUCACGCAAUUCAAGGCUGAAUCAGAAAGGAAGAUGUUGGCUGAAGCAGCAGCUAUGGCAGCUCCUAACCUUAAGAAGAUAUUCCUAUAG